UAUCGCCGUUGCUGCGGGUGCUUGAACACAGGCGAGCCAAGAUGGCAGAGUACCUGGCAUCCAUUUUUGGGACAGAGAAAGAUAAGGUCAACUGCUCUUUUUAUUUCAAAAUUGGUGCCUGCCGACAUGGCGACCGCUGCUCCAGAUUACACAAUAAACCAACAUUCAGCCAGACAAUUGCCCUCCUGAACAUUUACCGGAACCCUCAGAACAGUGCCCAGUCUGCUGAUGGGCUGACCUGUGCCAUCAGUGACAUGGAGAUGCAGGAGCACUAUGAUGAGUUUUUUGAGGAGGUCUUCACAGAGAUGGAAGAAAAGUAUGGCGAGGUGGAGGAAAUGAACGUAUGUGACAACCUUGGGGACCAUCUAGUGGGAAAUGUGUAUGUGAAGUUCCGUUAUGAAGAGGACGCUGAGAAGGCCGUGAUAGACCUGAAUAACCGGUGGUUUAAUGGACAGCCAAUCCAUGCUGAGCUCUCCCCUGUCACAGACUUCAGAGAAGCCUGCUGUCGCCAAUAUGAGAUGGGGGAAUGCACUCGUGGUGGCUUCUGUAACUUCAUGCAUCUGAAGCCCAUCUCACGUGAACUGAGGAGAGAGCUCUAUGGGCGUCGGAGGAAGAGCCGCCACAGGUCCCGGUCUCGAUCGAGAGAGAGGCGAUCUCGCUCGAGGGACAGAGGUCGAGGAGGUGGAGGUGGCCGUGACCACGAGAGACGUCGCUCCCGAGACAGAGAGCGUUCAGGACGGUUCUGAACCACAAGCCAUGACUACUUGUCCUUCCCUCCCGGUAUCCAUCCCCAGUCUUUUUUUUUUUUUUUUUUUUUUUUUUAAGUUUGUACCCUUCCAGGUCUAUUCAAGGACUGACUGAGAGGUACCUGAUUUUGAAGCUGUGACAGCAUUGAUGAACUUGUCUGUUCUUGAUUUCUGAAAAUGACUUUCACCUCAUUAAAUUUAACAUUUUUACUUAACAUGACUGAUGAAUCAUACUUGUUACUACAUAGCAUUAAUAAUGUUUUUAUGUGCUGCCUUCCUGUUGGAAAUACAGUAAGAACUAAAUGUUACUAAACCAAACGUGUAGUUAGUUAUUCAGCUCAUUUCAUUGCUCUGAGGUCGCAGUUUCAGAUGAAAGCCCCGCAUCAGAGUUCCUUUGACAGUCCUUUAAAACAGAAGGCAGCAAAAAGAUCUUUUUCUGUUGGUCUUCGCUCUUUUGAAAAACACCUGAUAAUUUGUUUUGAGAACAGCCAGAGUAGAUUCAAACAAAGUCCUUAAAUCAGAACAGUCCUGCUGUAUUUUCAUGUUCACUUACACUGAGUGAGCUUAUAUCAUUUCUGCAGAGAGUUUUUUUUUUUACUGUACAGAUUUCCAGAUGGGUCAGUGUAUGUGUAACUUUUGGGUUUUGUACGUCAGAAAUCAUUCUGCCCUGGCUAUGGUCGUGUUUUAUAGUAUUGUGCACAGGGUAAUAUAAUCUGCUGAAGCUUAACUUUGUGCUGUGGUCCUGGAUGUUUUGUGCCAUUUAAGAUGGUGCUCAAGUAAUGAAAUACAUUAACUUAAGUACA